AUACCAGACAGUCCAGCACAUGAGGCAAGAGACUAAAGAUCUCACAAUCUUAUCACUGGCAAUCAUGAGACUCAUAGUCUGUUUUCUUUCUCUGCUCACUGUAUUUGGAACUGGAAAGUGUGGGAAUAUUUUAGUUUGGUAUACUGAAGGCAGUCACUGGAUCAAUCUGAAGAUCGUGUUGGAAACAUUGAUUGACAGGGGACACGAUGUCACAGUGCUGGUGCCGGAUGCCUCUCUCUACAUGAAAGUUGAAGAUUCGGAUCGCUUCUCCUACCAGCCGUUUAACGUGUCCAUGGAUGCACAGGAGAUGCGAAACUUUGUUGAUGAAUUUCUGCAUUUCUCUGUGUAUGAGAUGGAUCAGUUAAACUUGCUGCAGAUUCAAAUGAAAUUUUACGACUUUGCGUCCAAACAUCAGGCUAUGUCUCUGGCACACUGUGACGGCAUUUUGAAGUUGAUGGACAAAUUGCGGAAAGGAAAGUUUGAUGUUGUUUUGUCAGAUCCGAUCUACCCGUGCAGUGAUAUCGUGGCUGAAAAGCUGGACAUUCCCUUGGUUUACACUUUCCGAUUCUCCCUGGCUCAUGUUGUAGAGCGCAUGUGUGGUCAGAUACCAGCUCCACCAUCAUUUGUUCCUGGAGCCAUGAGUAAACUCACAGACAAGAUGAGCUUUACCGAGCGAAUCCUCAAUAUGCUGUUCUACCUUUCUCAAGAUGCUUUUGCCAUUGUUGCUUGGAAACAAAUGGACAACUAUUACACUGAAUAUUUAGGACGGCCAACUUCCUAUUGUGAGAUGAUGGGUAAAGCUGAUAUCUGGUUGAUCAGAACCUACUGGGAUUUUGAGUUUCCACGGCCAUUCCUGCCCAACUUCAAAUACAUUGGAGGGCUUCACUGCACCCCUGCCAAGCCUUUACCCAAGGACAUGGAGGAGUUUGUACAGAGCUCAGGGGAUGAUGGGAUUGUGGUCUUCACUCUGGGAUCUUUGAUAGACAAAAUUCCCAAAGAGAUGAGCAACAGGAUCGCCUCUGCACUGGCCCAGAUCCCACAGAAGGUCUUAUGGCGAUUCGGUGGAGAGAAGCCAGACACUCUUGGUGAAAACACCAGAACCUAUAAGUGGAUCCCUCAGAAUGAUUUAUUGGGUCACCCUAAAACCAGAGCAUUUAUCACUCAUGGAGGCACUAAUGGCAUAUAUGAGGCCAUAUAUCAUGCUGUUCCAAUGGUCGGGAUCCCCAUGUUUGGUGACCAGCCAGAUAAUUUAGCUCAUAUGAAGGCCAAGGGCGCUGCUGUUGUUAUAGACAAUAUCAAGAGCAUGCAGCCGCAAGAGCUGGUGGAUGGACUCAAUGCCGUCAUUAACGACCCCUCGUAUAAAGAGAAUGCAAUGCGUCUGUCCAGGAUUCAUCAUGACCGUCCAAUGAAGCCUUUGGAUGAGGCGGUGUUCUGGAUUGAGUUCGUCAUGCGCAAUAAAGGUGCUAAACACCUGCGUGUAGAAGCACACAACCUUACCUGGUACCAGUACCACUGUCUGGAUGUGUUCGCUUUUCUUUUCACUAUCCUGACUGUAGUCCUCUACGUCUUCUUUAAACUGAGCAAAUUCUUCAUAAUGCGUUGCUGCUUUAGAUCAAAGCAGAAAAGAAAAAAGGAGUGA